GAAAGACGGCGAGAGGAGGAGGAGGAGAGUUAGGGAGAGACAGUUUGGAUUCCAGGCGAGGACAGAAGUAGAAACAGAGAAGUGCUGCAGGUGUUUCCACGUAGAGCACGUUGUUGUUAUCGUCGUUACAGUCGUCAGUGUGAGAGGUGAACAGUGAGGAGCAGGUCGACAGGCUGUCAGUGAGAAGUUUUCAGACCGCUGGUCCAGGUACUGGUCACCCCUGGUCAUCAUGGCCCUUCUCACCGCUGGUGCACAGAACCAGGACUCCUAUUACUGCCUGAUCAGACGCAGGUUCAAGAGGAGACGCAAGAAACGCUCCGAACGCAAAGGUGCGGUGGGGGCGAGGCUCCUCUCAGGUCCGAACAAACCCGUUACCAUGGACGUAGAUGAGGAGGAGAAUAUGAGUUCAAGCAGCACCGACGUAAAGGAAAACCGAAACCUGGACAACGUGUCCUGCAAAGACGGGCAGGGAGUGGGUGAACAGCUCCCCAAUGGAAGUGGCCCGAGCAAUCGCAAGCGUCCCCUCGAGGAGGGAACCAAUGGACAUACGCACUCCAAGUUCCGAGCCAAAAAGCGCAAGAAAACCCCGGGGCCGGUUCUGCCUAAGAAUGCCCUGAUGCAGCUGAAUGAAAUCAAACCGGGUCUUCAGUACAAACUGCUGUCUCAGACGGGACCGGUCCACGCCCCGGUGUUUGUAAUGACCGUAGAGGUCAACGGACAGAUGUUUGAGGGCAUGGGCCCCACGAAGAAGAAGGCCAAACUGAACGCGGCCGAGAAGGCGCUGCGCUCUUUUGUCCAGUUCCCCAAUGCCUCCGAGGCACACCUGGCCAUGGGUCGGACUCUGACAGUCAACACGGAUUUUACAUCCGACCAAGCCGACUUCCCCGACAUGCUUUUCAAUGGCUUUGAGACCCCGGCUGCGCCCGAAGAGUCUUUCUAUCUAGGCUCCAACGGUAGCAGCUCCUUGAACUCGCUCGGGGAGUACCCGCUGCCGACACCGCCUGGCAGCAACCUUGUCCAGGCCCCGCUGCCCCCUCCGUCGGCGUUCACUUCACCCUCCAGUGGCAAAAACCCAGUCAUGAUUCUCAAUGAGCUCAGACCGGGCCUCAAGUAUGACUUUGUCUCAGAGAGUGGGGAGAGUCACGCUAAGAAUUUUGUCAUGUCAGUAACGGUGGAUGCACAGACUUUUGAAGGUUCAGGGCGCAACAAGAAGCUAGCGAAAGCCCGGGCAGCGCAGGCCGCCCUCUCAGCUCUCUUCAAUAUGCAACUAGACCAGACCCCGUCACGGCAACCCAUACCAAGAGAGGGAUUGCAGCUCCACUUACCCCAGGUUCUGGCUGACGCCGUUUCUCGUCUAGUGGUGGAUAAGUUCAGUGAACUGACGGACAACUUCACCUCCCCACACGCACGACGGAAAGUUCUGGCGGGAGUCGUCAUGACAACAGGGACCGAUGUGAAGGAAGCACAGGUCAUAUGUGUCUCCACGGGAACCAAGUGCAUCAACGGUGAGUACAUGAGUGACCGCGGCCUGGCGCUCAAUGACUGUCACGCCGAGAUAAUCGCCAGACGCUCGCUCAUCAGAUACCUCUACACUCAGCUGGAGUUCUUCCUCAGCAUCACCAAGGACGACCAACACAAGUCCAUAUUUGUGCACUGUGACAAGGGGGGCUACAGGUUAAAGGACAACGUCCAGUUCCACCUCUACAUCAGCACCUCCCCCUGUGGAGACGCCAGGAUCUUCUCACCACACGAGGCAGGAGUGGAAGAUCAAGGUGACCGACAUCCGAACCGUAAAGCCCGAGGUCAGCUGAGGACUAAAAUAGAGUCCGGGGAAGGAACCAUUCCCGUCAGGUCCAGCAACACCAUCCAGACCUGGGACGGCGUCCUGCAGGGGGAGCGCUUACUAACGAUGUCGUGCAGUGACAAGAUCGCAAGGUGGAACGUGGUGGGCAUCCAGGGCUCUUUGAUGAGCUACUUCUCAGAGCCCAUCUACUUCUCCAGCAUCAUCCUGGGCAGUCUGUACCACGCGGACCACCUCUCCCGGGCCAUGUACCAGCGCAUCGCGGACAUCGAGGACCUGCCCCAGCAGUUUACCCUCAACAGACCUUUAUUAAGUGGUAUCAGCAACGCCGAGGCCAGGCAGCCAGGCAAGGCUCCAAACUUCAGCGUGAACUGGACGGUGGGCGAUCAGGCGUUAGAGGUGAUCAAUGCCACCACAGGCAAGGACGACAUGGGCCGCGCUUCACGUCUCUGCAAGCACGCCCUCUACAGCCGCUGGGUGCGCCUGCACUCCAAGCUGUCAUCCGUCCUGAGGAUCAAGGUUCCAAAGCCCAGCUCCUACCACGAUGCCAAGCAGGCGGCCACAGAGUACCACUCCGCCAAGCAGGCGCUCAUAAAGGCCUUCCACAAGGCCGGCCUCGGGGCCUGGGUCAAAAAACCCAUCGAGCAAGACCAGUUCACCCUGAGCCCCUGAGGGAGAGAAGAGACUAAGGAUGUCCUGACCCACUCACUCUCCCCCUCCCUGCCUCCCUCUCUCUCUCCUCACCCCCACCGCCCUCUCUCUCUGACCUCCUGACCCAAGUCUGUAAAACCACAGUCAGCCCACACUGAGGGUCCAAACAAACAAACAAACAAACAAACAAACGUGCUUAGACUCACUGAUAACUGUAGCUCCUGGUUGUGUCGUUCCUCAGAGGGGCCGCGACCUCUAGUUUUACUCUCUGUUUUCAUCCACGUGUCUUUUAUUUUAAGACUGGAAUUUCACCAGUUUCACACGUCACGUUUCGUCGUCAACGUUCUUUAUUUCUCUUCUCCUUGUCUCGGUGUGUGCCGUCAGCCCCGGUGUUAAAGAGGGAAAAACUCACUUUUCUGACCCGGGGUCGCCGCCUGGAGGCAGAACAGUGAAAGGGCGGAUGAGUAAAAAAAAAAAAAAAAAAAAAAAUCUAAUUUUAUCCCUUGUUCUUAUCCGUGGAUUUAUCCAUUCGUCCUGUAGGUGAUGCUAGGCCACACUCAUUCCAUACUUGAACACUAGGGGUCGCCUCGACUCCUCUCCUCGCCUGGGUCUGGGAACAUGUUUUGGGAGGUGCUGCACGUUGUAUUUUCUUCUUGAUCUAAGCCAUGGCUUUGCAUGGGAACUUAACUGGUAGGCCUGCAGAGCAGAAAACGACGGUGGCGCACGCUCGCCUCCGUCAGUGAAUGAUUUUUUUGAAUGAAUGCCAGCAACUUCCUCCACAGGCAGCUUCGAAUCUUUAUCUCUGUUUUCUAGUUUUCCUGUAAAGUCGUGUCUGUUCGGGGCAGGGAUUUAGUUUCUUUGUUUUUUUUUGUUUUUAUUUUUAUUGGGGUAUUUUAAUAUAGGGGGCGCUAAAGCAGGAAAAAAAUGACAAUAGAAUAAAUAGACAUCUCAUCUAUUAUAGCAGAUGCGACAUCUAGUGUCAUAUAUGGGAGUCAUAUAUGCAGUCUGUAGGUUAGUAAAAAAAUAUAUAUAAAAGUGAAGAACAAAUGUUCAUCUGGUGACCUGUACUGGUACUGUAUGUAGGGGUGCACUGAUCCCACUGGUCCAGUCCCAGUACUGAUAACUGGUACCAUUGUUUAUUCACCAACUCUCUACCUCACCAUCAGACUGGACUCACACAUUAGUUUACACAAAAUGAUGAAACAAAUGAUUUAUUUAACUCAGAUUAACAGAUCAACAAACACCGACGUUAUUUAUUGUUGAAGUCAGUCGUCGUUCAGUGCAGAGGCUGCAGCUGGGAACGAGGAUCUGCUUCAGAGAUGAAGAUGUGUCGUCAAAUAUAUGACGGCUGAAUAAAGGACUUGUCUUAACCAGCUGGAUUUGUCACAGCCUCUGGUCAACACUUAACUAGUACUGUGUGUGUUUAUGUUAAUGAGGAGUUUAUUACUGGCAGAAUUCUAAUAAUAGUAAUGAAUAUGUAAUUAAUAGUCUCCUAUUGGAAUACCAUAAAAGCCCAGUGAAGAUAAUAAUUUUAAUAUGAAUUUUAAUAAAUUUUAUUAACCUGAAAAUAUAACCAAUAACUACUAAAGUAACUACUAUAACUACUAAAAACUGAAACAGUUCCAUGAACUGAUCUGGGACCAGGACUAAGUUACAGGACUGGUUCAGAAUGGACUGUAAAAUCAUAAUAAUAAUAAUAACACUUUCUGGAGUGUCGGAGAAAUUCCAUACUUCACUUUUCUAAAACAGGACCUGACGCAGGAACAUAGAGUUUGAGUAAAUAGAUCAGCAACACAGGUCAGCCCCCCCGCCCCCUCCCCCUCGUAGAUCGGUGCAUCCCUACCAGUAUGUUAGAAGUGUCCGUCCUGGGUGGACGUCUCUGCAGUCAGUCCUUGUACAAAAAUGUCCGACAGAACUCCUUGGAUUCUCCACCAAAGACGGCGCCGUCCGCGGGUGUCCAUCCUGGGAUUUGUCUCUGAGUUCUUUUUUGUCUUUUUCCGUCUCACUCUUUUUUGGAAACGAACCCUUUACUGUGUGUUUGUUUUUUGUAAAGGCACUUUCUCCGAUUUGUACAGAACAAAUGUAUGAAGUGACAGUGACGGGAACUGACGCGUCUGUAGUCCGGUCAGUCCUGCUGCUGACGGUGACCACCUGUACAUUGUGAUCUGCCGUCGUUGUCGCCGCGGUGUCGUCGUUAGUGUGUAUAUAAGAAACAACCACGGGGACCACCUUUGCCCCCCCCCGACCCCCCACCCCCUGACUCCCUCACCUCCUCCUCCUGCUCAGACAGUUGAACCUCACUCUCUCUCCCUCUUACUGCGGUGACCACGUUGUAAAUGUUCCUCAGUGAAUUAGUUCUAGUGACUGUGUGACUCACUGCUCACCACCAAGCAUGGCACGAACACGGAGCCACGGCAGGUCUCCUCCAAGUUGUAGCCUUUCAUGUUUGAAAAGAGAAAACAAAAAUAUAUAUAUAUAUGCAUUUUGAGGUCAUCGGUGAAGCUUCUCCAGUUUAUUAUUAUUAUUUUUUUCUGGGUUUAUUUUGUUUGUAUUUAUGAGAAGUGAAUCUCGAGUCAGAACUUCAGCCGAACCAGUGGCCCAGAGACCAACAGACCCAAAGUCCCCAGCAAUACUUCUGGAGUCUCCCCUCACGUCACUGCUUCACCCACUGGAGGUCUGAUCCAAGUUGUCCUCCAGCCUCCCCUCACCCUCACCCCCUCCCCCGUCCUCCCCCGCUGACUGCACUAAAGAUGUCAACUGAUGAUGUCAUAAUGAAAAACUUGCCCCCACUUCUGGAUCGGACGGCAAUUGCAGCUGAACUGAAUCUCUUCUUCUUCUUAACCCAUUGUGAAUCCUCCGUAUUCAGGGACUCUGACUCUCCCCUCCUCCUCACCUCCCCCGACUCCCCUCCCUCCCUGUCGCUGUUGUCAGUAGAAGGUUUAAUUUUAUAAUAUUUAUAUCUUGUUUUAAUUUAAUUUUCCUGUUUUUUUUUUUUUUUUUUUUUAGACCUAACCUCACCAGAGUCGUCCUCUCUGGGCUCCCCCUUCUCCUCCUCCCCCUCCUCUCCUCCCCACCUCUCUGAUGAGUUGAAACCCUCACACACAGAAACCAACAACCUUGCAUGUUUUACUGACACUGAAGCUGCACAUAGCAUGAUGACAAACUUUUAAAGGACUCGUGUAGAAACAAACAAACAAACAACAAAAAAAAAGAAUAAAACUUCUAAAGAUAGAUCUAUAAAAUGGACAAAAGAAUAAAAGAGUUCUUAGUUUACUUUUGCACAAGUCUUGGAUUCUUUCUUGUGGGUGUGUCUCUGUCUGACAACACGUCAUCUGUAAACCUCUGUUGUGAUGUUGUGUUUUCCUCACAGUCGUGAAAUGAUGAACUGUCAGAAUGUGUACUCCAGUAUUUAGUUGAAUUUUUCCAAGGGUAUUUAGAAAUGGGUUUUUGUGAUUAUAAAGCCAGGGCUAAUCUAUAUCUUCCUCUCCUGCAGGGGGUGCUAUAAGCACACUUGUCCAUGACUUAACUGCACUAGUACAUUUAAAAAUCCCUGUAUUUUCCAGAGUAUAAGUCGCACAUUUUUUAGUAGUUUGGCCGGUCCUUAUAAUGGAAAUAAACACAAUAUCAUCUAUGGCCACUAGAGGGCAUCUACUACACUCGGCGCCACUGAAAACUGAUUAAUCUGCAAAGGUUUAAUCUUCAGAUUAUAAAGUACAUAAUCUAGAAGCAGAGGAGAAAUAGUUCCAGCGGAGAAGAGUCAUGUGACCAGUGGUGUUUUAACACCUGAAGCCUGAUGCAUGCUGGGAUUGACUCCAGGCCCAACGGAGAGGAACAGGAAAUACCUUGGAAAUAAUCCCCGGCUGUGAACAGGGACGUGCAGAGCGGAGGACAGAAGAGAGGCUGCCCAGGACCUUCAGUGCAGUCAGAGUGUGACAGGGGGCAGCGGCGAGCACCUCGGGGAGAAAAAUGACAAAUCAUUAGCCCCGGUCCAGAGGUAAAUGGGAGUCGCACUCUUUCAAGGCCCACAUUUCCAUUUCAAUUUUCUGCUCAACAGAGUUGAUGUAUGUGGCGAGUCACAUGGUCGGAGCGGUCUCCGCCUCGGCCACUGUUAUCCACAGAACACCCCUCUGACCCCACGCCCCCCCCCAACCACCGGAGUCUUUGGUUUGGAUUUUUAACAGACGCUUAAUUUUUUUCAUUUUAGAUCUGUAGUUUAAAUACCAACAUUAUUAUUUUUUUCUUAUUGUCGAUGAUGGUGAACGUGACGUUUCAUUUUUAGGUUUUUGUUUACUGUCUCCCAAAACAUUAAAGUACAGCAGUACAGACAGGUACUGUCGUCCAUUCAGAUAGUUAUUGUCCUGUUUCCAGAUUAGAAAUGAACAUAAGUACGGAGUAAGUCUGUCCAUCUGGGACUUGAAAUGACCUGAAAAUAUAAAUAAAUAAUGAGGCAAGGAGCAGAAAACACUGAGAUUCUGGACUUGACUUCAACGGGAGAACCACACGACGAGCUGCGGUGACACAGACCUGUUCACGCCUCAGGUCACGACAGGUAAAUCAUCAACUAAUAAAACAUUUCUGCUGCUGCUGCUGAUGAUGAUGAUGUUUUUUUUCCUCCUCAGUUUGGAACCGUCCACAUUUCCCUGAAUAGAAUCUCAUCAGAACAAAUGGAUGUGAAACAGUUCAUGCAGAACACACUGAUGUCAGACGUCGCCUGUGAGGAAGAAAAAACCUCCACAUUAUCAUCAUAACAAAAGAACAGAGAGACGAGUCCGACAGCAAUAAAUCUACUGUACUGAGGAGCUGGUAAACACUUCAGGGCUGAGAGUACGACCGCAGGAAGCAGAGACGUCGGACGUCAGUCUGGGUCGGGAUCACAGUUCAUCAUGAAGCAGGUUUUUGGCUUUUUCCAUGUUCUGGGCCACUGUUAGA